GUCUUCUGACCCUCCUCUUCCAUUCCAACAAUGGCGUCUCUUCGAACAUCCAAAAUCUACGAAUAAAAUAAACCCAGAAACCAGCCAAAACAAACCUGUUUUUUGGGGGUUGACUCCUAAUUCCAAAUCCUUCCGUCCUUCCUCUCUCUUCUCGUUUCUCUCUUAUUUCUUUUCGUUAGGGAAUUGGCCAAUUGGGGCCGAUUGCCCUGUGGCGAAGAAAAUUUAAUCAGGAAACAUGGCGGAUAAUUCGAUAGAUGCGGAAAGGACGAUGGAUGGUGGUGUCACUGAGACGAGAAAUGACAUCCCAACUUCCACUUCUUCUGGGUAUCGAUUGUUCGGUCGGCAGGUCCCUCUUCACCAGUUCAUGGGCGGUGGAAAAGCUUGUGGUUGCAGUUAUGCCGGCGAGGAGUGAGCGUAUGUUUAUGAUAGUCUGAUGGAAGGGAAAUACUGUAGUUUGUGGCCUGCAGUAAUGCAGCUGCUGAUGUACUCUUGUGGAAGCGGCGACGCAUUUCCUUUGGCGUUGUUGUUGUGGUGACAUUGGGGUGGUUCUUAUUUGAACGCUCUGGAUUACCAUUCUUAACAGUUAGCUCAGAUGUCCUGUUGAUUCUGAUAGUUAUGUUGUUUGCCCAUUCCAACUAUGCUGCUAUGAGAAACAAACAACUGCAGUCAUUACCAGAACUAGUCGUGUCAGAGGAAAUGGUGAACAGUGUUGCAGCAUCUUUUCGGGUUAAAAUCAACAACUUGCUUCUCAUGGCUCAUGAAAUCACCCUUGGCAAAGAUUUUAGACUCUUCUUUAAGGUGGUCGUCUCUUUGUGGCUCUUAUCUGCAAUUGGUAGCUACUUCUCUUUCUUCACUUUAGCCUAUAUAGGAACAGUGUUAUCAAUUACGGUUCCAGCAUUGUAUGGUAAGAAUGAAGAUCGAGUGGAUAGAUAUUUCGGGAUGAUCCACAAGAGGUUUAAGAUAGUGGAUGAGAGUGUUAUUAGUAGAAUUCCUCAGGGAUUAUCAUCCAAGGACAAAGAUACCUGACUGGUACGCUACAUACAUACAUAUGUUGGAGAAUUCUUGUUGUCUUCUGGUUAUAAGACGGUGAAGGGCCUUGCGGCUGAUUUCGGAGGAAUUGCUUGUACAAAUGAACCAAAUUGAACUAACUUGUUCCCCAUUCCGAUACUUCUGUUUUUGGAAUACGAGAUUUGGAAGUUUGAUCAAGCAAGUUGA